UGGGUGCUGUGUUUCAAGUGUCAGUUAAUCAUUGCGGGAAACACUUUCAGUGAGAAAUGUUAAUAAUUUCAGACAGUGUUGUGUGUUCAAGGCAGGCGUGUGUUUCGCGGGGAAACGGGCGGAAGGAUACAGGGGAGGAGGAGUGCUGCGGGGUUUUUAUUGCAGCCUGUGGAGGACUCAGCUGUGACUGUCACGCUGCUGAUGACAGAUACCGGCCCGUUGGUGCAGCCUUUCAGCGACACAGCCUCACCGACACCGUCUGCAACGCCUACGCUGAAGGAUUUAAUGUCACUUUCCUAUUGGAUUAACUUUCCGCUCCUUUUGUCUGCAUUUUGGAUCCAUUUCGCCCCGUGUUUUUUUUCGCCGGCUAUUUCAAACAUAAACGAUUCAUUAAGGACGAAACCCUCAGAGACAUGAUGCCGCUGAGUUCAAGUUUAGCCAGUAAAAACUAUGACUAUGACUACGAUUUUCUUCAACCGUAUUUCUACUAUGACACCGAGGAGGAGAAUUUCUACCCUCAACAGCUUCAGCCUCCGGCACCGAGUGAAGACAUCUGGAAGAAAUUUGAACUGCUGCCGACCCCUCCCCUCUCCCCGAGCCGCCGUCCGUCCCUGUCAAGCCUCUUCCCCUCCACAGCGGAUCAGCUGGAGAUGGUGACCGAGUUCCUGGGCGACGACGGGGUUAACCAGAGCAUCAUCUGCCACGCCGACUACUCCCAGACAUUUCUCGAAUCAAUCAUCAUCCAGGACUGCAUGUGGAGUGGCUUCUCCGCCGCGGCCAAGCUGGAGAAGGUUGUCUCCGACCGGCUCGCCUCCCUGCACGCCGCGAGAAAGGAGUCUGCGGCCGGCGACAGCGCGGAGGAUGGAACAUGGAAGAUGAACAGCAGCUACCUGCAAGACCUGAACACAUCCGCCUCGGAGUGCAUCGAUCCAUCUGUGGUUUUCCCUUAUCCGGUAGCAGAGGGGCCCAAGCAGGGUGCAGGGACGCCGCCAGUUAACAUUAAGGAUUUGGGACUGGACACUGCCAGCAGCAGCGGCUGCAGUGACUCUGAAGAUGACGAUGGAGAUGACGAGGAGGAGGAGGUCGAUGUGGUCACAGUGGAGAAAAGGCAGGUUGUGAAGCAGUGUGACCCCAGCCAACUGGAGACAAGACAUCCCAGCCCGCUAGUGCUGAAGAGGUGCCACGUCUCCACCCACCAGCAUAAUUAUGCCGCCCAUCCACCCAGGAGAGAGGAGCAGCCAGCUGUCAAGAAGCUAAAACUGGAGAGCGGAGGUGGUGCUGGCUACAGCAGGGUCCUCAAACAGAUUAGCAGCAACCGCAAGUGUUUAAGUCCCCGGACGUCUGAUACAGAGGACUACGACAAGAGAAAGACUCAUAACGUGCUGGAGCGCCAGAGGAGGAAUGAGCUGAAGCUCAGCUUCUUUGCCCUGCGGGACGAGAUCCCCGCAGUGGCCAACAACGAGAAAGCAGCCAAAGUGGUGAUCCUGAAGAAGGCUACAGAGUGCAUUUACAGCAUGAAGUCAGACGAACAGAGACUCGUCUUGCUGAAAGAGCAGCUGAGGAUGAAAAGUGAACUUCUAAAGCAGAGACUCUCACAACUGCAGCGCGCUCUCGCUUAAAGUUUAAAAUCAGACUUGUUGGCAUUUCGUUUUGUUAUGCAAGUUUAAACGUUAGGCUGUACAGCUGCAUGUAAAAUAGAUUACAUUUGCAAUUUUGUAUUAGUCUGCCUCAGUUGAAGUCAGAAUUAAAUAUUUAAGUUUAUUUUUAUUAAUAAAAUAUUAAAAACAGGGUAACCCUGUUGAGGGCCCAAACUAAAAUAUACAUUUGUAUGUUUUGUAUAUAAUAUUUCAUAUAUUGUAUUUUUGGAUCUCAAAUGGCUGGAUGUUCACAACCAGUUUUUUUUAUAUAAAUUUUUUUUUUGAAAUUGUCCUUGUUCUUUCAGUGCAAAAAAAACCCUUCAGAGUAGGAAUGUCUGGCACAACUUCACCUACUGCAAAACAACCUUAAGAGUUAAAAACUCCAGCAACACUUGUACAACUUCAGAUCUAACAAUAAAGGUGUUCGUCAUUCUGCAACUGUUGCUGGAGAUUUGAAGUCUUCAGUAUGAAAACGCAUCACAGCAUCCACUAU